AUGGCUCUAUCUCCCACCUGCAAGGCGAUAACACAGGGUAUUGCAUCGUGGACACAAGAAACAGGAGACGAGAACGGUUGCUUUGGAUGGUUUUGGGAAUGCAUCGGUUGGAAGAAAUCCAGUCAAGAUACACUUGAGACCAGACCUAAUCUGUCGGACCAAUCCAGCCUUGGAUAUUGUGGCGCCUCUGGGUCCACAGUCGGGAGUACAAAAGAAUCUGUCAUCGACAGCAGCACAUCUGAUGUAUCUUGCUCGAGCCCGACGUAUUAUUGCUACCAUAAAGGCUGUAAAGAGGCCCGCACUGCUCCAGCCCUGAUCGACUGGCACGUCGAGAAAGACCACAAAGGAAGAUGCGGCUAUACGGCUACGAGGCAAGAUGAGGGAUCAAGAAACCCCGCAAAUCCAAAGCAAGACGCAGCAACGCCCACUACUUCAGAUGCAAAUGUUACGGAGAAACUGAGAGUGCUCAGCAUCCUUAGCUGCAAGGCUGACGGGUAUGUUGACGCAUUUGUCCAAUUGGAGGAGCAGGGGAUGACCAAGCAAUGGCCGCAAUUGUACAGGCUGGCAGAAUUUCACAAACUAAACAAUGCUUCAGUUGCACUAGAGGAGUUUCUAAACGGGUUCUCAUCAUAG